AGAGAUAUUUGGAGUUGGGGCAGACGUAGACAUGCGAGGGACUCAUGGCGAAACGUUUCUAGCGUUCUCUCCCACGCAACUCUCACACGCUUCUUUUCUCUCUCUUUCUAUUUCUACGUAUACAUCUAUGUAUCUAUGUUUAUAUAUAUCGUCGCUCUCACCUUCGUUCUCAUCUCCGAAUCCUCUCUAGUAUUAGUUCACUUUACCAGUCAACGAUCUCUCAUUACAUAUCAAUGGCGUUGUGUGGGAUUGGCUGGUGUCCAAGUCGGGAAAGUGUUGAAGUACCAAAUCUUAUCUUUAAUUUGUCGACAAGACCGAUCAGACCAGCUUUUGUUCGUUUGAUGGGUAAAUAUGAUUAUUCAAGUCCAAUAAGAAGCCCAAGAAUAAGAUGCUCAUUAUCAAGGACAAAUGCAACUCCAUUGGAGUCCGAGGAGAGUGCCAGUGCCACUUUCUCAGAUUCUUUGGAGGAAGAAUUGGGUCAUGUUAUGAAGUUCAAGAUGUCUGAUUUUAAGAUUCGUGAUCGGGUUAGCAUUGGCCUCAGUGGGAGGGCGGAUGAGAUAGUUUUUGAAGCGGUGUUGAAGGAUGUUCAUAGCCCGUUGCAUAACUCAAGAGUCGUGCUACGGCGACUUACCAGUGCUCAAGCUCAGCGUAGAGGGAAACGAGCAAUAGAGGUAUUAAAGAAGCUAGCUCGCCGUAGACUUAUGUAUCAUUCUUACUCGAUGCAAGUUCAUGGUUAUGUUGACCCAUCUACAAGUGGUGAUUAUGGUUCAUUUACCAUAGUUCACGGGUAUCACGGCAGUUUUUCUUUAAGACAUUGGCUUCAACAGUCAGAUUGGCUUCCAACAUUAGAAGCUACUCUUGCUUUAGAUGAGGAAUCUGUUAGGAGGGUGGGAGAUGACACAAUUGGAGGACCUGCUGUUUCUCGACAGUUGCGCCUUAUUCGAAUUCUAAUGAGGGAUCUCUUGAUUGGAGUGAAUUACUUACACAGCCAUGGACUUGCUCACACAGAGUUGAGGUUGGAGAAUGUGCAUAUUAGCCCUGUGGAUAGACAUAUCAAAGUAGGUAUACUAGGAAAUGCUGCUGAUUUUUAUGAUAACAAUCCAAAUACCAGCACAAUGGAUGGUAACAUGGAUAGACGACAAAUGAUGAUUGCCUUCGACAUGAGGUGUGUUGGAUUCAUGAUCGCAAAAAUGGUGUUGCGGGAACUUAUGGAACCAUUGAUAUUCACAAAGUUCAAAUCAUUCCUCACAAAGGGAAAUGAUCCUUCCUGCUUGCGUGAGUUUCUACUGCAAACUCUUGGUAGGAAUUCCUCAUCUGGGAAUGCUGGACUUCAAAUACUUGAUCGAAACUGGGGUGCAGGUUGGAACCUGCUGUCCUUACUUCUUGCGAGCAAGCCUUCUGAGAGAAUAAGUUGUUUAGAUGCUUUGAGACACCCAUUUUUGUGUGGACCGAGAUGGCGGGUAGACCCAACUAUGGACAUCAUUAGAUGGGGUCUGGGUUCAACAGCGGUUAAAAUUACAGAGGAAUACAUUUAUGGCCAUCAACAGCGUAGUAGGCUUGCGCACUUCAUCGAAUUAAUGGAGAUGUUGAAUCCACACCCGAAACCAAAGAAUUGGUUGGCCUUGCUGCCAGGAAAAUGGCGGCUGUUGUACUGCACGGGAAGGCACAUAGGAUUGACCCUUCGGCAGCCUCCUUCCAGAGUCCUCAUUGGCGAUGUACAUCUGACUGUAAACAGCACAUCAAAGCUAAACACAACCUUUUCAUUCUCCUCUGACAUUAGUUUCACGGUGUUGAUUGGUCAAGAUUGGCCUCACGAUAAGACAGGAGUAGUUGGGAAAUUGGGGGUGAACUCAUCUUUCCAAUUAACAGCGGGUAGACGACAAUAUCUUAAUGAAGAAAAGGUCGCAACAACAUUUCUCCCGUCACCACCACCAAAAACCCAUGAUUUUGUAGCUAAAAAACUCUCUGGUAAAAGAUGGAGGAAAGCAAUUCCUUUUAAGGAGUUCCCAUCGAGCCUUCCUGUAACUAAACUCAUCUCCAAUGAAGUUGAGGUCACACUGAGUCUCAAUGAUCCAUUAGGGAAGAAUGUCGACAGUGCCAAAAACGCGGUUCAUGAAGUCAGGACACAAGUUCCACCUGAAAUGUUUGAUCUCUCGAAAGUAGUCUGUGGAACAUAUGUCGACACUAGGCUGCUGGUUCUCCGUGGGGUGAGUGGAUCAGCACUCUUUUUUACUAGGUCUUGUGCAAAUGAAAACUGUAGAUGACAGUUCCUUUGUGUUUUGUGCGAUAGGCAGGGGAAGUAACAAUGUAUCAUUGGUUUGUAAAUACCUUACUGAUUUCCCUCCUCAGAGGUUAAAAAAGUUUGGCAGUGUACUUUUCUCCUAAUUGCAUUUUUAGUACUAUAGAAUGGGUUAGUUUUGCA